AUGGAGUUGGGUAGCAGUAUCCAGUUCUUAGAGAACAAGACCCUUUUAGUCACGGGUGCAACUGGCUUUCUCGCAAAGAUUUUUGUGGAGAAGAUACUAAGGGUUCAACCAAAUGUGAAGAAGCUCUAUCUUCUUUUAAGAGCUGCGGAUACAAACUCAGCCUUGCAACGCUUCAAUAGUGAGGUGAGCCGUGAGCGAAAAUAG